AUGAGAUGGUGGGAGAGAGCUGAAGGAGCGAUACGUCAGGUCCAGUGGGUUGGGAGAAGAGGGCGCGAGGACAGACGGAUGCUGUUCGCGGACUUGGGGUCUAGAGAGAUGAGUUCCGGAGUGGAAAGGGGGAGGAAGAAGGGCGGGAAGCUGAAGACGGCUUACAAGUGCGAGCACGUGAACGUGGGCUGCGACGUCAACUACGACAUCAACGGCACCGCCAUCCACGGGGCGGCCGUGGUCGGGUACGAGGGCUGGCUGGCCGGGUACCAGACCACCUUCGAGGCCGGGCGCAACCGCGUCACACAGAGCAACUUCGCCGUCGGAUACAAGACCGACGAGUUCCAGCUCCACACCAACGUGAACGACGGCACAGAGUUUGGAGGCUCCAUCUUCCAGAAAGUGAACGAUAAACUGGAGACAGCGGUGAAUCUGGCCUGGACCGCGGGCAACAGCAACACACGCUUCGGCAUCGCGGCUAAAUACCAGAUCGACCAGGACGCCGCCUUCUCUGCAAAGGUGAACAACUCGAGCCUCGUCGGCCUCGGCUACACCCAGACCCUGAAACCUGGCAUCAAGAUGACCCUCUCCGCUCUCCUCGAUGGGAAAAACAUAAACGCCGGAGGCCACAAACUGGGCCUGGGGCUGGAGUUCCAGGCAUAA